AUGCAGAUUUGCAAGCAAGCGGUGACAAACAACGAGUUUAAUGAUUCAUGGCGACACUUGGCUAUCCAAGUUAUCAUAACUUUGUCAAAUACUGAACCGGAAGCUACUGCAGCAUUGAUGGAAGUCCUCGAGCAACGCCGGGAGUCUAGAAACGAUUCUCCACAUGUCCAAUUUGUAAGAAAUUAUUCUUACAAAUUCCAACAGCAAAAUCUUUAUGGAUUCAUGACUAGCUUUGUUGGAACAUCAUUUACCCUAACCUGUCACAAAGAACACGAACUUUACCAUGCGGUAUUGACCGUUUAUGGUGAGGACACACCAAUUCACAGUCGUGAAGAACUAAAAACAAAUGCUGAACAUCUAGUGCUAUUGCGUUAUGUAAACGACCUUUACGGAAAUCAUUACAUGACACGGAGAUACCAACCAGGAUCAAGAUUUGAGGAGUUCAAGAACAGAAUUCAAAUUGGCUUAGCAGAAAUCGGAAACUACCAUCCACACGUUGCCGUCCUGCAAUUGGAAAAAACUUUUCGACGUCCGGCGUUGAGAUGCGAGGAGUGGCCUAACGUGGGAUUCCCGCUGGGGGCAGUACCACGCUACCAAUGCAAGUUGACAAUCAGACCACCAAACACUAAUGAUCAAUACGAAGAGAUUGCGUUUGCUCCACAGAAACAGGAAGCAAAGGUGGCGGCGUUCACAAGAAUGGCCAUCAAGCUUUUUCUAGCUGGAGUAAUUGAUGCAUACAGCCCACUGUUAACAGAGGAAAAGGAAUGUGUCGUCCUCGUGUGGCCGGCGACACAUUUCGGGCAUCUAUACUCAAGCAGAUAUUGACAGCUGUAAAACCGCUGCUUGGAAGACCAGAACGCAGUACGCGUUUGGAAGCCGAUAGGUGCAUGGACAGCCUUGUCCGUCACUUGCCGGCCGAGGAUCUACAAGCACUACUGCGAGAAGCAAGUGACGAAGAUAUCCGUGAAAAUCCAGAGCUCAUCUGGACUAUCAACGAAGUUUUGUCGAUUUUGUUGCAUGCUGGACCUCGACCAAUGCAACAGCGUCCUGCUGAACACCGAGCCGUACAACAGCGUCCUGCUGGACUCCAGGAAAUUCAACAGCGUCCUGGACUACAAGCAAUUCUACAGCGUCCUACUGGUCUUCUAAAUGUACAGCAGCAGCGUCGCCGUAAUGUUGUAACUAACCAAUUUCCACAAGGAUACUAGUCGGCUGACGUUCUCUGGGAUGAUAGCAAGUUUCAGGCUAACGACAUUCAGAUGCUGACAUAUUACCUCUAUUUACCCGAUGCACUCGCUCUGUGUCGUAUCAAGCCCCAUGCUAUUAUUCAAAUCUUGUUGCUUUCCGUGGACGCCAGUAGUAUGAUAAUUAAGAAAUCUGUAUAACCUUUUUUUUAAAACUGAAAGAAAUCGUGAAGCUGUGUCUUCAACUGCUCUGCAGACACAUAUCGAUUCAAACCCGGAAUUUGAGUUUCAUCUUUUUUCGAUUAGACUUAAACUAGUCGCUUAUUUUCCUUUUCACAAGUUAAUUUUCAUAUUAACUUUUAGUAAUUUCUCACAUUUUGGUGUGAACGAAUUAACAAUCAAGAUUAAGAUUUAAUUUUUUUGAAACCGCUUAACAGUUUUCUUUUUUGUGAUUACCAUGCUUAUCCUGUUGAAUAUGUUGAUCAAGACUUUUGUAAUGGUUGUCUAUUUUUGAUCUCAUGAGAGAAAACGUGUUCAACAAAUCUGAAGUUCAAUAAAUAAUCAAGCUUAA